AUGGGGUUUUCAAUUUCAAACGUUAUACGAGAUCCAUUUGCCAGCUUAACAAUCCUACUUGGUCUAGUAGCAAGUAUAAUUUCCUUCUGUGGAGCAUAUACUGCAAAUCCAGCACUACUCUCCGAUUCCACCUGGUUGGUUCUAUUCUAUGAAAUCAUAACAAUUAUAAUUAUAUUUAUAAUUUAUUGUUUGGAUUCAAUCGAAUUAUAUAAAUUCUUUUUAGUUGGGAUUGUUUCAAUUGGCGUGGGAUAUUUGAUAAGUUCAAUUAAUUAUUUGAUUAAUGUUGAUCCAACAACGAUACCUUUGUUGAUUUGUGGGAGUGGGAAUAUUGUAUCAUUGGUGAUGUUUUUAAUUUGGUUGUUGUAUUUUGGAGGAGAUGGUGGAUCUCCAAUUAAUCAAUUCAUCGAUGCAUUGAAAUUUGAUACUCAAGAUAGUGAACAAUCAUCAUCGUUAUUAUUGGGAUAUGGUGCUACUGAUAAUGAUGAAUCAGACGACAAAGAUCCAAUGCACCAAUGUCCUUAUGAAAAACAACCAGUUUAG